GUACCCAUACACCCAACCUCGAGAAAGUAGCGGUUUUCUAAUUUCUCGCGCGAUUCUGAAUUCUGCAAGAACAGAGAGAAAGAGAAAGAGAAAGAGAUCAGUUUCAGUGCUUUCAAUUCUCGCUUUGGUUUUGAAGAUUAAGCUACCUUAAACGACGUCGUUUCGGUGAUGGAAGCUCAAUUACCGGAUCUCUGAAUAAACAACAAGAAGAAGAAGAACCAUUCGAACUGCACUCGAAUCUAAGCAUAUUCAUUCCCUGCAAUGGCGUCGUGGCUCAAAGCAGCUGAAGAUUUAUUCGAACAUGUAGAUCGAAGAGCAAAGCUGGUUGUCAGUGACUUAGCUGAAGAACAACCAGACUCUAAGCCUCCAGCUUCCAAUGGGCAAGGAUCUAAAGGCAACAGGACCAAAAAAGUCAAGGCUCAUAAGAGACUAUCCACGCCAGCAACUGUAACGAGUGAUGCCACUGCAGAGAAAAGUGAAACUCUAGCUGCAGCAGUGGAUGCAACAACUCAGAGGGACAAUGUUGAACUUGUAGCUGAAAAUGAUCGGAGUACCCCCAUAUCUGCAGACCAACCGAACAAGGAGCAACCUGUGGAUUCAACGUCUCCCUUGUCCGACACUUCAUUAUCACAAAAGCCAACUGAUGAUGUUGGUAAACAUGCCACAGAUGAUGUGAAAGUUUUAGCAGCUGAAACUGUUUCUGAAGUUGCCACUGUAUCUACAAAUGGUGAGCCUGUCAAAGAGAAUGCUUAUGAGGAGGAUCCUCCCCAAACUUCCAAAGGAAUUGAAGCCCCAAGUGAUGAACUCACUAAUGUUGGCCAAACUAACAAGCCUAGGGAUCUGGAUGCAAAUCAAAAUGUGAAUCAAGAGAGAUCAGAAUCUGUGGGUGCUGAUAUUAUUCCUAAUAAUGAUGAUGAACCUAAAGAUGGUGAUGUAAAGAAUGAAUCAGUUCCGAAUAGAAAGAAUGAUCAGCAUCAUAAAACCGAGAUCUCCCCACAGAAAGUACAAGAUCAACUUGAAGAGGCUCAAGGGUUGCUUAAAACAACAAAAUCAACUGGUGGGUCCAAAGAGGCAAGGUUAGCUCGGGUCUGUGCUGGAUUAUCAACUCGCCUUCAAGAAUACAAAUCUGAAAAUGCACAACUAGAGGAACUUCUCACUGCAGAGAGAGCGCUGAGUAAAUCAUAUGAAGCUAACAUAAAACAGCUACAGAAGGAUUUGUCUGAAAGUAAAAGGGAAGUAACAAGAGUUGAAUCAAAUAUGGUUGAGGCCUUGGCAGCCAAAAAUGCUGAAAUUGAGGCACUUCUAAGUUCCAUGGAUGCACUUAAGAGGCAGGCUGCACAAUCUGAAGGAAAUCUAGCUUCCAUUCAGGUAAACAUGGAAUCUAUGAUGAGAAAUCGAGAGUUAACAGAAACAAGGAUGAUGCAGGCUCUAAGAGAGGAGCUAGCAUCUGCAGAACGAAGAGCAGAAGAGGAACGUGCAGCGCAUAAUGCUACCAAAAUGGCUGCUAUGGAAAGAGAAGUAGACUUGGAGCAACGAGCCAUUGAGUCAUCUACAGCACUUGCAAGGAUACAGAGAAUAGCAGAUGAGAGGACAGCAAAGGCCACUGAACUUGAGCAGAAGGUGGCACUUCUUGAGGUAGAAUGUUCAUCUUUAAAUCAAGAGCUUCAAGAUAUGGAAGCCCGGCUGCGUCGUGAACAAAAAAAGUCACCAGAAGAAGCAAAUCAAGUUAUUCAGAUGCAGGCACGGCAGGAAGAACUGGAGCGUGCACGUCAGGGUCAGAGGGAAGCUGAAAAUAAGCUAUCUUCCUUGGAGGCUGAAUUUCAGAAGAUGAGAGUUGAAAUGGCUGCCAUGAAGAGGGAUGCUGAGCAUUACUCACGUCAGGAGCACAUGGAGUUAGAGAAACGUUAUCGGGAACUGACUGACCUCCUGUACUACAAACAAACACAAUUAGAAACCAUGGUUAGUGAAAAAGCUGCAACGGAGUUUCAAUUGGAGAAGGAAAUUAAGCGUCUUCAAGAAGCACAGGCAGAAGCUGAACGAAGUAGGGUUUCUCGUCGAGCGUCAACAUCUUGGGAAGAUGAGACUGAAAUAAAAUCCCUUGAGGCUCUUCCUGUGCAUCACCGUCAUCUGGUUGGUGCAAGUAUUCAGUUGCAAAAGGCAGUGAAAUUGUUAGAUUCGGGAGCUGUCAGGGCAACAAGAUUUCUCUGGCGUUAUCCCACAGCUCGAGUUAUUCUUUUUUUCUAUUUGGUAUUUGUACAUCUCUUCUUGAUGUAUCUCUUACACCGCCUUCAGGUAAAUAUAUUCAGCCGUUGCACCGCAAAGAUGACAAUUAUUAGUGCGCAACUGUGCAUUUUAUUCUGUUUUUGUAGAAUUGAUUCUACUGUAGAAUUAUUAUAAUAGAAACUAAAUUCUAGAUGCCACAAUUGGUUUUACCAAGUUAACCAGACAUUAAUCUCAGAAUCGAUUUUCGGACCCCAAAAUUGAUUCUUCCACCUCCCACCGAGUUUGUGAUAUGCAGUCACGUUAAUGAUUUUGGAUACUGAACUGCUAUCAAGUAUUGCCGACUGCAGCCUCACCUUUUGCCCC